AUGUGCGGUAAGUGGAGACUGAUACUGACUGGGAUAGGUAAUCCGGAACCGCAGUAUGCUGGCACGCGCCACAACGUAGGUCUCUACAUGCUGGAACUCCUGCGGAAGCGUCUUGGUCUGCAGGACAGAACUUACUCUCCUGUGCCUCACACGGGUGGCAAAGUGCACUAUAUAGAAGGCGAGCACUGCACACUACUGAGGUCGGACGGUCAGUACAUGAACUUGAGUGGAGAACAGGUGUGCAAGGUGUGGGCCCGGUACGCCAAGCACCAGGCUAGACACGUAGUUAUCCACGACGAAUUGGGCGUGGCGUGUGGCAAAGUGCAAUUGAGAGCCGCCAGCGCCAGCAUUAGAGGCCACAAUGGGCUACGAAGCCUGGUGAAAUGUAGUGGUGGCCGUGUGCCCUUUGCCAAGCUGGCCGUGGGAAUCGGUAGAGACCCAGGGUCCAAUUCCAGGGACCCUGCCAGCGUUUCCCGAUGGGUCCUGGGAGCCCUUCUUCCGCAAGAACAGCAAGCGUUGCUCACGCAGAGUGAGCCCGCAGCCUGGCGUGCCCUGAACCAGUACUUAUCAUAG